ACCGCACUGCAUAGAGAGUCGCUAAAUUGGCCCAUACAGAAGUCUCGUCUUAGGCUGCAGCUCACUGGAAUUGGAUGGUGCUGCGCUGCCACAACAUAGCCGCCACAUGUUCCACCUCUUCCUCACUGCUCUAUCAUCAACUUUCAGACUUCCAUCCUCGUUCUCCACGACAUCUCAGAACCAUGAUCUGCUAAUGCUCGAGGACUUGAGACUCUGGAAUAGCCCCAUCUACCUGGAAUAUGCCUCACAAGAUCAUCCCCCUUCUUCCUGUCACUAUCUAGCUGCAGCCUUGCGUACAAAAUGGUGCUUGAUCCAUUUACGGCUAUUGGCCUUGCUGGCAACAUUGUCCAGUUCGUCGAUUACAGUUCGAAAUUGAUCUCCUCAACCUAUGAAAUAUACAAAUCCAGCACUGGCAGUUCCGAAAACCAUGUCUACCUGGAGGCAAUUGCCACAAGGCUGUUGGAACUCAAUCGCACACUCGAGCAGCCGAAACUGACUGGGACAAAGUCCUACGACAAAGCCCUUCUUGAGCUGAGGGCAGAAUGCAGUCAGGAUGCAGAGGACCUAUUGAGAUUGAUAGAGGCUCUCAGAGCAAAGAAGGACAGCAAAUGGAGUAGUUUUCGGAAAGCUCUGAGAAGUGCGUGGGAAAAGGAAGAAAUUAGUCGACUCGAAGGACGUUUAGUGGCACAUCGAAACGAGAUAGCCACCCAACUUACGGCAAUGUUGACGGACCAAAAUUCAACAAUCGUGUCCACUUUGAAUGCGAUGGUUGACGAAAAUAAAAGAAGCAGUAUCCAACGGACAGAGGAAUUACUUCAGUUGAGAGCCAGAAUCGACCAGAUUGGCAAAUCAAAAGGCGAAGUCGUUAAGUCGAACUUCGACAAAUUGCAGGAGAAUCUUGCCGACUUAGUUCGAACCGGACAGGAGAUUUUGACGGAACAAAACAUUCUGAAAAGUCUGAGAUUCAGAGAAAUCAGAGUACGAUUUGACCAGAUCCCUGAGGCUUAUAAUGCAACCCUUGAAUGGAUGCUACGACCUUCUAGACCGAGAGCUGAAAGUUCUGGACCCGAAAAUCACAUAAAAUUCUUGGAAUGGCUAGAGGUUUCUAGUCAUAAUCAGCCACCAUAUUGGGUUGGCGGAAAGCCUGGCUCUGGCAAAUCAACACUUAUGAAGUUCAUUUAUGAGCAUGCUAAGAUAAAGGCAGCGCUUCAGGAAUGGGCUGGAUCUGACUUAUUGGUUACGGCAAGCUUCUUCUUUUGGUUUUAUGGAACCAAAAUGCAAAAGUCUCAGGAGGGGUUCUUACAGACACUGCUUUAUGAGAUCUUGAGAAAGUGUCCUAAUCUUAUUCAAACAUGCGUACCUCAUCGAUGGACAAAUUUACCUCAAGAUCCUUGGACUCGCUCUGAGCUACUAGAGGUUUUCGGUAUAAUGAAGCAAGGAUUGACAACCUCGACGAAAUUCUGCUUCUUUAUCGACGGCUUGGAUGAAUUCGAUGGCGAGCCGCGGGACCUUUUGCCAAUUAUUAGAGACCUUUCCAAUUCUCCCAACGUUAAAAUUUGUGUCUCUAGUCGGCCUUGGCAGAUUUUCAAGGACGAGUUUGACAAGCACCCGGACCAAAGGUUAUAUCUCCAAGAUUUGACAAGAAAGGAUAUCCAGGCCUACGUCCGUAGUAAUUUCGAGAAUGAUAUCAACUUCCAACAGGCUAGAGAAGAAGAUUCCGAAUACAAAGAACUCGUUAACGAAAUCGUGGAGAGGGCACAAGGAGUUUGGCUCUGGGUUGCACUUGUCACGAAAUCACUACUCAAUGGCUUCACGUAUGGAGAUAAUCUGAAAGAUCUGCAGAGGAGGCUUCACUAUCUACCAGUUGAUUUGGAAGAGUUUUUUCAACACAUGCUGGACUCUGUGGAGCCAGUGUACCAAACACAGAUGGCGCAGACAUUUCUGGUUGCCCUUACCGCAAGAGGAAUUUUACCACUUGUUGUUUAUUCUUUCCUCGAUGACAUCAGAGAGGAUCCCAACUUUGCUCUCAAUCUGAGCCGAGAGACCAGUUAUAAGCACGACGAUAUGUUCAAGUCCGAUUCUAUCGGCAAAAUAAGAAAGCAAGAGAUACGAAUGCAAAAGCGACUAGAUGCCCGGACCAAAGGACUUCUCGAAGUCUCACCCGCACUUGGGCAAACCGUACCCCGGCCGUUCACCCAAAUCUACAGGACGGUAGACUUUCUGCAUCGGACUGUUGGCGAGUUCUUGAAUAAAAAGGAUAUCAAAGCAAAAUUCAUUGAAUUAGCUGGACCUAACUUCGACUCAAAGAUCUCCCUCGGCCAUGGCUUACUCGCCGGCAUCAAGUCCAUACCCACGGAUCCAGCUUCGAUUAUGUUUGAGAUUUCGAUCCACGAACUCCUAAUCUAUGCCUACAUGUCCGAGAUAGAAACUAUGGUCGCACAGACAGAGGUGGUCGAUGAACUUGAGAGAUUCCUCUGUUUGGCUUAUCCCUCAAAAACCGGCAUCAAGUUGACCCAAAAGCGCCAAUCGUUGAAGCUGGACAGAGCGAUUCUGACCAAUUCAAAGUCGCACUCGAUCUUCGAAUUAUGUGUACAGCAUGGCUUAUCCAUCUACGUGAACCACAGGCUAGAGCAGGACCCUUCCCUAGUCUCAUCCCGGCAGUGGCAUCGACCAUUAUUGUCCCACGCGUUCUUCCCUGCAGAAACACCCGGCAUACCGGCCCCCAGCAUUGACCCCACGACCAUGGUUCGAGUUUUGCUCGAGCACGGAGCAGACCCUAAUGCAGUAGACGGAGAUUCAACUACAUGGCGCAAUUUCGUCCACAACAUGGUCGAUGACUUCUCAAAGUCAAAAUUAAAAUUGAGGGACCUACUGCUUUCUAAAGGCGCUGAUCCCAAUGCGGGCAGCGUCUUAUUCGAAACCCUUACCAUCGUGUCGACGUCUCCUGCCAAGGUUUACCAAAUGUCCAUUUGUGACAAGCUCUUUGACGCCGGAGCAAAUCCUAACUCAAAAUACGACGACACAACGAUCUGGAAACGGUAUUUAAGUUAUAUAAUAUACGUCAAGAGUGAUCUGCAGAAUAGAAACAUCUUGCACAACGAAUUCAAGCAGAUGAAGCGGCUGCUAUUGUCCGGCGCAGACCCUAAUGCCACAGUCAAUGGCAAGACGCUGGAUCUGAUCAUCGAAGAAAUCUUUGGCACUUAUCACACAGCUGAGCUUUUGGAUCUUGUCCGCCAAAUGCGUCUUCGAACGGAUGGUGGAUUACUCAGUCGCAUAUGGAAAACAACUUGGAGAAGACCCACACAACCAACAAGCAGUGAGAAUGAUCGGGCGGCAUCGAUUGACCUGUAUGAUGCUUGAGAUAGAGCACCUGCAUCUUUAAGCAACCUAUAACUAGACGCGUUUCUAACGAGCCCGGUCACCAUAUGUCUGUGGAUUUUAGCGACUUUUUCAGGCCUCGUUAAAACAAAAUCGACA